AACGAUUAGACUCGAGACCAACUAGCCCGGAGCAAAGGCGAACUUGUUCCUACUCCUUCACUUGACAAAAUUGCAGGCUGAAGGACCAGCAAUGGCAUCGGAGGUUGCUAGAUUUCUCCAGAACAGUUUCGUAGACUCUCUGGACGAGGCAGAGUCUGAAUUAUCAGGUUCGGCUCUAAUCUCUUACUUCAAAGCAAUAAAAGAUGUAGUGAAAGCUAAAGAGAUAACGACCGACCCUGAUCGUUACUCUGAAACUAUACGUGUGCUCCACAAGCUCAACGACGCUUUGUCGGAGUACCGAAUCUUUGAACUUGAGUGCAAGGACCUCAAUAAGAAGCUUCUACUGUUCAACCCUUUCACAUAUUAUUUCAUCCGAAAGAUGAAGAAGCAACUCAAAACAAUAAGACAAGAGCUUGAGAGUGCGGCGGCCGCGCGAGAAGGAAUCGACAAUAGAUUUGAUCUCCAGGAGAAGUCCCAAUCUAUACAUUCUUCAAACAUUUUUGGAUUUGUUGAGGAGGCAAAGCAUAUAGAGGGUUUGCUCUUCAGCUGUGCUACAUUUACUGCAAUUGCGAUAGCGGGCAUAGCUGGAGUGGGUAAGACUACACUAGUGCAGAAGGUUUUGGAGAGGAAGAAAGUGAUAGAUGGGUUUAAGUCUAUAUUUUGGUUAAGCUUUUCGGGCAUGAAGGGGGAACAAGAACAGUAUAAUAGGUUGAGCGUUGAGACAUGCAUUGUUGAUAAUUUGGGCCAUACCAUAGAGGGGAAGAUAGUUGGCCUUAGUGAGCUCUUGGAAAAGCUCAAUCAACAUUUAUCAGGUAAAAGGUAUUUGCUUGUGUUGGAUGAUAUGUGGCGUCAGCAUAUUGACAUUGGGAAGCGCUUACAGCGCGGAUUGCCGAAGGGUAGUGGUGGUGCGGUCAUCUUCACUACCAGGUUGAAUGAAGUGGCUGAAAAGCUGGUGGAGCAAGAUAAGUUGAUUCAUGUUCAGCCUUUGGACGGACAAAGUUGCUGGCUUAUAUUUCAUGAGACUAUGAAGAAUAAUGGGGAAAACUUGUACGCUUCACAACUCUACACUUUGAAUAAGAUUGAGGGUGAAAUUAAGGAUCAAUGUCAUGGUCUACCAUCGGUCGCUAAGACACUCGCAAAAAUCAUUCCUGAACAGAUUCGUGAGAUUGAGUCCGAGCGCUUCUUGAUGGAUUUGUACAUACCUGAUGAACUUCUUAGAACUGAUUUAGAUGCUGAACCUGCUGUUUAUAUACCAAAGUGCCCCGUGUUAGUGUUUAUUGAUAUGAAAAAUGAACAGCUUGGAAGACUCUUGAUUGAAUUCCGCUACCGUCUAAAUAAAGAACAGGUUUAUGCUGUGCUGGAGCAAGGAGUAGAAGAAAAGAAUCCUGAGGCAGUGCUAAGGGAGGUUUAUGCUACUCUUGGAAAGCUUAAGCAAAAAAAUUAUAGUUUUGCUUCCAAAAUUGAAAAUGAGAUGAGAAUUGUCAUAGUUGGCGGGGAUGCUGUGGUAAAUUGGAUAUUGGGAAUUAUCUGUGAUCUAAAACUACCAGAGGCACCCUCCAUUGUUCCAAUACCACAGGGAACAGAAAAUGACAUCCCAGUUACGUUUGGAUGGAAGGAGUUGAAGGCUGAUCGUCAAUCAGUGACAACGUUCCUUAAUGAAGAAGUAACAGUUGCAGAAAAGAUGAAAACAGAUAGCUGGCAUAUUCUCAUUAAGAUGAAACCCACUCCAAGUUCUACACCUCAGCAAGAAAUACCACCUUCUUUACAUGUAUUUCGCCGUGUUUCCGAAGGGGUUACGCAAAUCACGGAUAAUCUCACAUUGUGCGGAGGAGUUUGGAACUACUUCAGCUUGGGAGUUGAUGCUCCAAGAUCGUAUGCACCUUACUGCUUUCAUCCUAAUGCAAGGACUUUAAACUCGCUUGCGAAGGUAUGGAUUAUUAAAGAUGGCAAGUGGGAAUUACUUAGCAUUCCGAGUAGAAUCAAGUCAAUUAUUUGUCUUAACUUGCCAACCUAUCUUGGCGAACCAAGUCCUUGGGGAACACCAAACAUGAAGAAAGAUCGAGAAAGACUCCUGAAGCCAUCCUUCAUCGAUGAUGGGCAUCUUGAAAUUAUUGGCCUGACAGAUGUUUUGCUUGCUCAGAAUGAACAUAUUCGCCUUGGUCAGGUACGGGGAAUUCGGUUUGAGUUUAUUAAGGAUGCAGCAGAAUCUGUAAACAUGAAGAUUGAUGGAGCACCAUGGAAAAAAAUUCCACUUGAGGGUAUCAUUGAGAUUGAAAUGUCUUACCAUGGUCAAGUCAACAUUCUUGCCAAUGGAGAUUGCCCUGCAAAAAGAAGUAACCAUAACUCCUCACAGCCCCGUGCUUCUGGAGUUGAAGAUGAUAAUGCACCCUGUGCUUCCCAAACUGAUGAUGAUACAAAUGCUAAAGAUAACUCUGAAGCAUAUAAGAAGUUUACCGCAACAAGGACAUUCAAAAUCUCAUAAUCCUAUAGCCAACACCAUCAGCAUUUUACUCAUCCAACCCCUUGCUUGAAUUUACUGGGUAAUGAAAAAUAUGGGCUAGUGCUUGGAUAUCUUAUAUAGAGUGAUGAAAGCCAAAUACAGGAUCUGAUUAGUUGGAGAGAUUGCCCCUUCGAUUGAUGUAUGCUAAGUAGCUUGGAAUUGAAACUAUUAUUCAACCUGUGAGAUUUUUUUUUUCCCCUUUUUGUUGAGAAAUGUCAGUACCCUGAUAAUUGAAAAGGUUCACACAUAA